AUGACAAGCUUCUUUGGAAUCGAAUUGCGCACUGUUCUCUUCCUGUUUGCGCUCAAAAUGCUUCAGCGUUCAACGAUGUUUCUCUACUCAUUUUUGUCUCAAAAUCACAUAAAAAUCCAUCAUUUUCUUCGCCCAACAAGCUCAAACUCUGCAACCCAGUUGGGGAUUUUCCAGAUUACGAGGCAAUACUGUGUUGAUACGAGCAAAGUGGUUGACAAGAUCAACCUCAAGUUCACAGAGGCAAGGGAGGAGAUAGAGACGGCCUUGGAUUCCAAAGCAACUGUGUAUUUCGAUGAGGACGCUUUGUGUGCUCAGGACGCGGUUAAAGAAGUUCUGGAGAUGUACGAGGGGUUGCUAGCAAAUUUGCCAAAGAAGGAAAAGGGUGCAAUACAAAGGUCUAUGGGGCUCAAGAUUAAGCAAUUGCAGGCUGAGCUUGAACAAUUGAAUGAUUAG